AUGUCCCAAUUAUUGAAACAAAGAGUUAGAUAUGCUCCAUACUUGAAAAAAUUAAAGCAACCUGAAGAAUUGGUUCCAUUAUUUAAGGAUGGUCAAUACAUUGGUUGGUCUGGUUUCACCGGUGUUGGUGCACCAAAGGUCAUUCCAGAUGCAAUUGCUGAUCAUGUUGAAAAGAACAAUUUGCAAGGCAAGUUGCAAUUUAACUUGUUUGUUGGUGCCUCUGCCGGACCAGAAGAAUCCAGAUGGGCCACUAAUUCUAUGAUUAGAAAGAGAGCCCCACACCAAGUCGGUAAGCCAAUUUCUGCCGCCAUUAAUGAUGGUAGAACUCUGUUUUUUGACAAACAUUUGUCCAUGUUCCCACAAGACUUAACUUAUGGUUUUUACACUAAAGAUAGAAAUGAUGGCAAGAUUUUGGACUACAGUAUUAUUGAAGCUACUGCUAUUAAGGAAGAUGGUUCCAUUGUCCCUGGUCCAUCUGUGGGUGGUUCUCCAGAGUUUAUUUCUGUUUCUGACAAGGUUAUUAUUGAAUUGAAUACUGCAACUCCAUCUUUUGAAGGUUUGCACGACAUCGACAUGCCAGUAAACCCACCAUUUAGAAAGCCAUAUCCAUACACCUCUCCUUCUGAUAAAUCUGGCUUGGAUUCCAUUCCAGUUGAUCCAGAGCGUGUUAUUGCUAUUGUUGAAUCCACAGUUAAAGAUAAAGUUCCACCAAACACUCCAUCUGACGCAAAAAGUAGGGCCAUUGCUGGUCAUUUGGUUGAAUUUUUUGAAGAUGAAGUCAAACACGGUAGAUUACCAGAAAACUUGCAUCCAUUACAAAGUGGUAUUGGUAACAUUGCUAAUGCUGUUAUUGAAGGUUUGACCGGUGCUUCUUUCAAACAUUUGACUGUUUGGACAGAAGUUUUGCAAGAUUCUUUCUUGGAUUUGUUUGAAAAUGGUUCUCUAGAUUAUGCUACCUCUACCAGUAUCAGAUUGACCGAAAAGGGUUUUGAAAAGUUUUUUAACAACUGGGAUGAUUACUCCAAGAAGUUAUGUUUGAGAUCCCAGGUGGUUUCCAAUAACCCAGAAAUUAUUCGUCGUUUAGGUGUUAUUGCUAUGAACACCCCUGUUGAAUUUGAUAUCUAUGCUCAUGCUAACAGUACCAAUGUUUCUGGUUCUAAGAUGUUGCAUGGUAUUGGUGGUUCUGCCGAUUUCUUGAGAAAUGCCAAGUUGUCUAUUAUGCACGCUCCAUCUGCCAGACCAACAAAGACUGACCCAACUGGUAUCUCUACUGUUGUUCCAUUUGCCUCCCAUGUUGAUCAAACCGAACAUGAUUUGGAUGUUUUGGUUACCGAGCAAGGGUUGGCUGAUGUAAGGGGUUUGGCUCCAAGAGAAAGAGCCCGUGUUAUUAUCGAAAAGUGUGCUCAUCCAGAUUACAAAGAUAGUUUGAAGGAAUACUUGGAAAGAGCCGAAUUUUACGCUAAGCAAAAGAAAUGUUUGCAUGAACCACAUAUGUUGAAGAAUGCUUUCAAAUUCCAUUUGAAUUUGGCUGAAAAGGGUACUAUGAAGGUUGACAAAUGGGAUUAA